AUGGCGCCUGCAGCAGAGACUUCGGAGUCAGCGCUGGUGCACCCCAUCCAAGCCGUGGUUGAUCCAGAGCUGGGGUUAAAACAUGAUGCUGUGACAAGCGUGGGACCCCCAUGUGCUAAGCUCCUGGUGCUCGCGAAACGUUGUGCAGCGGUUUCAUCACAGCUUUUUGCGAAGCUGCACUUCAUGGGUUUGUUCUAUUUACUUCUGCUCGCCUGGCUGUCGCUUUACUUGCAGUUGCUGACCAAUGACGAGGGCUUCGCAAAGAUGCAAUGGUACCGUUACCUUUGCUGGGUAUCAAUCGGAGUCAAUAGCCUUGUUUUACUGGGGGAAAUGUGCUGGCGGAUUUCUUCUGGAGUCAGAGAUCGGAAAUUGGACUGCCACAUUGUCUUGCUGGCACUCUUACUGGCAGUGCAGCUUCUAAAGGAAUUCCUGCCUGAUGGCCACGCGGCAGAAAUCCAGCAUGUGGACUACGCCAUCACCAUCUCUGCUGCCUUAGCCAUGCUGGGGAGGCCUUCACUGGCGGGUGACACAGAGCUGACGGACACACAAAAACAAGACGGCAAAGCCAAGCACAAGAACAAAAAGCAGAGCAUGCUCGACGGAACCAUGCUGGGGCUUUUCUUGAUUUGGAAAGCCCAUCGCAUCGGAGUGGUUUGCUUCUUGCUGGUGGCUGUGUUGGAUGCGGUGGCCAUCCCAGCAACUGCGGCAGCAGUCAAGAAUUUGACCAACGCCGUAACAAGAGGUGAUGCCCGGGACGUGCUUUCUUCAUCCGGGGUCUACAUGGCCGUGAUUGUCAGCGCGGCACUGCCCUUCAUGAUGUUGACUUAUGUGACAGCGAUCAUUCUCGCCCAAGGACUCGUGAGACUGCAGACCAAGAUCAGCGAACGCAUGAUCUACAUGGAGUUCAACGAGUCGUCCAAGUUUUCUCAUGAAGAUUGCCAAGAUGUAUUUCGGUCGGACAUCGCGCGGAUGGAGAAACUGAUGAACAUGAUGCUGAAGCAGUUGCUCGCACCUUUCAUGAAGCUUGCCAUUGCCCUGUGCUAUGUCACCUACGUGCGAGCCGAAGUGGGGUUCUUGGCUAUGACCAUCUUCCCCUUCAUCUUCAUCACUGUCCCGGACUCGAGGUCGAAGAAGGCCUCCACAGCUUUCAAGGAUGCCACCUCCAAGGUUGCCGCGGUUUUCUCCAAUGCCUUGUCGUGCCAUUCCAUGAUCUGGCAUACUGACGCGCAGCAAGCCUGGAUGAAGGACAUCCUCCUUCCCCAUACUUCAGAGGUGAGGCGCUCGAAGCGCCGCGUGGAAUUCUGGUCUGGCGUUGUUGGAGGUUAUAUCACCCAGAUGCUUCAACUGUUCGUGGCCCUACACAUUGUCAUCUUGGCAAACAUGGCUGUUCAAGGAACGUUGACGGUGGGAGAUUUCACUGGUAUUGUGGCGCUCUUUACGCAACUUGCCUCUCCAACGACCAAACUUGGGGCGUUUGUGAAGGAAAUCACGAAGCUUUCCGGGGCCACGCAGAGUGUGGCAGAAUUCCUGGCCACAAAGAACGAACAGCCCAAAGGAUUAUUGUGGGACUGGCAGAGGAACCUCAGCCGCAACGUUAUGGGCGCCGUCUUGUUGACAAGUCCCCACAUGCCCGAACAGGGAGAGGCCGAAGUCUCUGUUGUGCCGGUGGCGCCCGGCUUCUGCCACCGAAUCCAACCAGGAUCCUUGGUAUCCUUCACCAGCGAGGAAGGUGGCCCUGUGCCUGAGUUCCUGAAGUUGUUCAACGGAUAUGGAAGCCAUGGCCUUUGUUUACGUCCCGAGAACUACAAGGGUCCGACGUGGACUGCAGUGCAACGCCUGAAGAGCCGCACGGCUGUUUUGUCAAAGGCACCAAGCAUUCUGACGGGCAGCGUCCGAGAUAACAUCUGCUUUGGCGCUGCGCAGAUCAGUGAGGAGAGGCUGCUGCAAGCCGCAAGGCUGGCUGGGCUCAAUCUCGAUGAGUACUGCAGUGAAGGGUCUGACAGGUCUGGUGGUUCUGAUGGGCCGUGUUGCCUGAACUUCUCUACGCAGCUUGGUGAACGAUGUGUCUUGGACCCGGAGCUUGCGCAACGGAUCUGCCUGGCACGGGCGAUAUACAGCAGACCUUCCCUGCUGCUCUUGGACCAAGCCACUGCUGGCUGGGCACCAGAAAUGGAAGCCAAGUUCUUCAACACGCUCCUUGCAGUACAGCAGACGGAGGACUUUGCAAACAUGUCUGUGAUCAACAACUCCUCCCACAUGACACAGGCCAUGGUCGAUGCAGGCUUCGCUGAGACCGUCUUCAAGAUGAAAGAUGGUCAUUUGGAAGUCGGAGACUGUGGUCGGACGGUGUGA